UAAUAUAUGCAAUAAAAUUUAUUUAUGUGCUAAUGUGGAUGCUAAAAUGUUUUUUUAUUUUAUUUCCAAUGGCACAUUAAAAGACAAUUGAACAUCAAAAAAGAUAACAUUAAGCCUACAAAUAAGAGCAGGGCACCUAGACGGGUGAGACAAGUCCAUUACCUCGUGGAGGUCACACAAUGUACAAAAGGGAUCAUGAACCACAGUGAUGCGACAUAGAUGUUUUUUCAGGCAAUCGUGGCCAGUUAUCAGACGAAACAUGGCAACAGAUUUCAUCCUAGGUCAUUGUGGGACAUUAUGAUUUUUGAGUUCCUCUUGAAAAGAGGCUCUGAAUGAGACAUUAUGAGAUCUUUAUGAGACAUUUGAUAUUAUAGAAAGGGAGUCUGGAAUUUAGGAUGCUAAAAUGUUUACAGACUGAAAGGGCUUUUUGUUAUUCUCCUUUUCACGGAUAAGUGAAGGAGUUUUAUCAUACGCUAAUAAUUAGAAACUUUUAAAUAGAACUGUCAUAUGAAUUCAGUUGAAGAUAUAAUAAACAUGGGUAGAAAAUUUGAUCCUCACUAAUAUCAAAAAUCCGAGAAGUAUCCCCCUAAAUAAAAAAAGAUUUUGAGAUCUAUCCCUUCUUCCUAAAAACUGCCAUUACCCUCAAACUAAAUCACAAAUUGUAAAGGUUUGCUCCUCUAAGCUGAAUACAUUACCCUGGAAGUUAAAUUAGAAUAAAAGCCACGAAGAGGUUAUCUAACAUCUUAAAAUUUGUUUCAACUACCACUGUGAAAAAUUCAAGAAAGGCAUUUUCAUUGCCUAAAAACUAAUGUAAUAGUGUAUGAUAUUUUAAUAUUAUGUUUUCUUCUUUUUCAUUCAUUAAUUCAUUUCUCUAACUUAGAUGUAUAACUUAAAUACUUCUAUUGUAGCUCUGAUAAAAAUUUAUUUUAAUCAGGCAUAAGACUGUCCAUCCUUAUUAAACCUUAAAAUUAAAGUGCAUGUAAAAAUUUUUAACAAGAUAAUUUAGCUGUGUAAGUGUUAAUGUACUAAGAAACCAAUAUGAGUUUAAAAGACAGCAACUUGCUUAGGCAUAAUGUUCAUGCUGCCGAGAAACCUUAUUCUUGUAGUAUAUGUAAUAAGGGUUUUUCUAAGAAAGGUACUCUGACUAGGCACAUUCUUAUUCAUACUGGUGAAAAACCUUAUUCUUGCAGUGUAUGUAAUAAGAGUUUUUCACAAAUGUAUAAUUUAAAUCAGCACAUUCGGAUUCAUACUGGUGAGAAACCUUAUACUUGUACUAUAUGUAAUAAGAGUUUUUCACAGAAGGUUGUGUUUAAUCAGCACAUGAAUGUUCAUUCUGGUGAGAAACCUUAUUCUUGUAGUUUAUGUAAUAAAAAAUUUUCAGAUAGGAGUAAUCUGACUGAGCACAGACGCGUACAUACGGGUGAGAAACCUUAUUCUUGUAACAUAUGUUACAAGAGUUUUUCUCGUAGGAGUAAUCUGCUUAAGCACAUGCGUAUUCAUACUGGUGAGAAAUCUUUUUCUUGUCAUAUUUGUAAUAAGAGUUUUACACAGAACAGUCAUCUGGCAGCACACAGACGGGUUCAUACUGGUGAGAAACCUUAUUCUUGUAGUGCAUGUAAUAAGAGUUUUUCAACGAAGGAAUGUCUAACUAGACAUAGUCGUGCUCAUGCUGUGAAACUUCAUUCUUGUGGUGUAUGUAAUAAAUAUUUUUCAAAGAAGAUUCAUCUGACUCAGCAUAUUCAUGUUCAUAUUGGUGAAAAACGAUAUUCUUGUAGCACAUGUGGUAAAGGUUUUUCAAAGAAUAGUCAUCUGACUGAGCACAUUCGUGUUCAUACUGGUGAGAAACCUUUUUCUUGUAAUAUGUGUAGUAGGAGUUUUUCAAAGAAUAGUACUCUGAUUAAGCACAUUCGUGUUCAUACUGGUGAUAAACCUUAUCCUUGUAGUAUAUGUAAUAAAAGUUUUUCACAAAAGUAUAAUUUAACUCAGCACAUUCGUAUUCAUACUGGUGAAAGACCUUAUUCUUGUAGUAUAUGUAGUAAGAAUUUUUUUAAGAAAGAUCAGUUAAGUCAGCACAUGCGGGUUCAUACUGAUGUGAAACUUUUUUCUUGUAGUAUAUGUAAUAAGAGCUUUUCACAAAAGUAUAAUUUAAAUCAGCAUAUUCGUAUGCAUACUGGUGAAAGACCUUAUUCUUGUAGUAUAUGUAGUAAGAAUUUUUUUCAGAAGGAUCAGUUAAGUCAGCACAUACAGGUUCAUACUGAUGAUAAACCUUUUUCUUGUAAUAUAUGUAAUAAGAGUUUUUCUAAGAAAAGUUAUCUGACUAAGCAUAUUCAUGUUCAUACCAAUGAGAAACCUUAUUCUUGUCAUAUAUGUAGUAAGAAUUUUUCACAAAAGUAUUAUUUAAGCCAACAUAUUCGUAUUCAUAAUGGUGAAAAACUUUAUUCUUGUCAUAAAUGUAAUAAGAAGUUUUUGCACAAGCAUCGGUUAAGUCAGCACAUGCAUGUUCACACUGGUGAGAAGUCUUUUUCUUGUAGCAUAUGUAAUAAGAUUUUUUCAUGUAGGAGUAAUCUGGCUGAACACAGACGUGAACAUACGGAUGUGAAACCUUAUUCAUGUAGCAUAUGUUACAAGAGUUUUUCAUAUCAGAAUAGUUUGAUUACACACCGUCGUAAUCAUACUGGUGAUAAAUCUUUUUCUUGUAGUAUUUGUAAUAAAAUUUUUUCAUCAAGGGAAUAUCUAACUAGACAUAGUUGCACUCAUACUGGUGAGAAACCUUAAUCUCGUGAUCUAUGUAAUAUAAGUGUCCGCGAUUUUGUUCAUACUGCUAAGUAGCUUUAUUCUUGUAAAAAGUGUAAUAAAAGAUUUUUUUAUAUUAUA